AUGUCAGACUCUGUCGUUCGGAUCACCCACCAGUCGUAUGGCAGCCGCAUUGCUGGCUCUUGCAAAGCGCUCUGCUUUGUUCCCAUCUUUCUGAUUGCUGGGAUUUUGGUUCUUUCAUGGAACGAGGGGAACCUGGUCACUCAGCGCAAGGCGCUCGACGAGGGUCUCAAGUCUGUCGUUGACAUUCCCAGCACGGAAUCCGUCAACGCAGAAAAUGAAGGAAGUCUGAUUCAUUUUGUCGGUACGGCCAAACCCGACUCUCAAGUCACCGACCCCAUUUUUGGCGUGGCGCCUCCCAAUGCAUUGCUCCUCAAACGAACCGUCGAAAUGUAUCAGUGGACCGAAUCGUCGCAUUCCGAAACGCGCAAGAACACCGGAGGUUCUACCGACACCGUCACAACCUAUUCUUACUCGAAAGAAUGGAGAGAUCGCGCUGUCGACUCUGGAUCCUUUGAAGAAUCUUCCGGCCAUCAGAAUCCUUCUGGCGGAAUGUUGUUUCCUUCGGAUACCGUGGCCGCCAACCCGAUUCAUGUGGGAGCAUUUGAAUUAUCCAGCGCCGUGGUUCAAAAGAUGCACUGGUACCAACCACUCCAGUCGGGCAUCUCAGUCGACACCAUUCAAGAUAAUUCCACCCGAAACCAAGCCACGGUGUUUGGGAGCCGCUUCUACUUUGGAGACGGCAGCAGCGGGUCCCCCCAGAUUGGAGACACACGAGUGUCCUUUGAGCAAGUUCCAUCACAAACCAUUAGCGUCGUGGCAAAGCAGAUCGGAGAGAGCCUUUCUUCCUACACGGCCAAGUCGGGUGGUUCUGUCUUGCUGGUGGAAGCCGGUCCUCAUGACGCGGCCGAAAUGUUCAAGCACGCCAAUGAAGCCUUGACGAUUCAGACAUGGCUCAUUCGGUUGGGUGGAUUCCUCCUCAUCUAUUUUGCCUUUGAAAUUGCUAUGAAACCUCUGUCCGUCUUUGCCGACGUUUUGCCGUUUCUGGGGGAUUUGGUCGAAGCGGGCACCAGCG